AUGGAACCUAGUGCCAAGGGAAGCACCCACUGGGCAGGUAAACGUGUGCCGGGGCCUCCUCUCCGGGAGAGGAAGGCGAGGAUAGGGGUCCCGGGACUCCAGCCUGCCCUGCCCCUCUGGAUUCCCGGGACCACCGGGCGGACGUUCUUCCCGCUCGGGCCCGGCCUGGGGAACCGCUCCGGGCGCUCCGGGGCCGGUUCUCCGCCCGAGAGGCCGGGCCUCUCACCCCGACUCCGACUUCGCCGCUCCCCGCCUCCCCGGCCGGCCGUGCGCGCUCCCGGCGCCGCGGAGACAACCGUUCCGGAGGCUCCCGCGCGGCCCGGGGACCCUCGCAGGACCCGGGAGGCGCCGCCGCCGCCGCCGCCGCGGGGCGGGCGCAGUGACCGGCUCCCAGGCCCCGGGCCUCCGCCCCUCCUCCCGGGGAUCCCCUGUCGCCAACACCCGCCCGGGCUCCGCAGGACCCUCCCCUCGGAGGCCGGGCCUCGUCCGCCCGCCGCCCCCGCCCCGCCCCGCGCUCUGCGCCGGGGGACCCCGGGCCCGACCCCUCCCCCUGGACGCCCGCCCCAGCGGGACGGAGGCGGGAUGGUGACUGGGCAGCGGCGCGAGGCCGGGUCGCGGGCAGGCAGGCGCGGCGGCCGCCCUCCUUCUCCGCCCCCGCCCCGCUGCCCCCUCCCGGCGUGCUAG